ACUACUUUCGAAACAACGAGCGACCCGCUUUUGAAGCAUGGCUCCAAAGUCGCUUCCACCGCUUGCAAAGCAAACACUGAUUCACUCAUGGUUGCAAAAAUCUGGCACCGCUCACAACAUCAGAGAUCUGGAAAAGAUGCUACCGCAAGUGGCAUCGAUCAACGGCAUGCAAGUCAAGGAUUAUCUUCAGGCUUUAUCCGACGAGGGAAAGAUCUGCGUUGAGAAAAUCGGCAGUGGAAAUUGGUAUUGGAGUUUCCCGAGUGAGGAGAGGAGAAUCCAUGAGCGAACCCUUACGAAACUCAAAUCAGAUCGAGAUAAGCUCCUGGCGAGUACAGACGACUUGCAAAUGCAAGUGACAGGUGCUCAAGAGGCGAGACGGAACGAAAUGACUGCGUCUGAUGGUAGCCAAGGGUUGGACGCAGUUUCCAUCCACGGAAUCCUUCAGCAUGAAGUUGAAAAUCUUCGGCAGGAGCUACGAAAUUUCCGCGACUGUGAUCCUGCUGAGAUACUAAUGAAGCAGAAGGAAAUCGACACUGUGAGGGAAGGAGCACAAAGAUGGACGAACAAUAUCUAUAUUCUGGAAGGGUAUUAUGCUGAGCUCUGCCCUGGUGAUCGCGAAGGAUUGGAUGUGCUUCGACGAGAACUCUAUGGCGAAAGCUACGAUGAAGAGGAAGGAUUUGAAGAGUUAUAAGCGCG